GUGUAUUGGGACCGGACCGUGUAUCCGGGAUAACGGGAAGAGAAUCUGGAAAAGUGCCGUUAGUAUUGGGUCCGUGUACCACUGACGAAGUCUACUCGCCUGAACUUUACUUUCUGGAAUUCUGCUGGUUUCCCAUGUCAUUAACUUCAAAAACUAGAAAUCCCGCCAUUCUUGUGCCGAUUUAAGCUCUCCGAAGACGGAAAAGGAACAAACACAGAGAUGGGUUUCGUCGCUCUGCUUAAGUUGGUCGCCAAAAUCAUUGAUCUUGCCUGGCCUCUAAUUACUCUAGUUUAUCCAAUAUAUUCUUCAAUUCUCGCAAUUGAGAGUAACUCCAACGCUGAGAACCAAAAAUGUCUCACUUACUGGGUUCUCUAUCCUCUUAUUAUUCUUUUCAACUCUGCAUCUCUGAAACUCAUUGAGUGGUUUCCAUUUUGGCCUUACCUGAAAUUGAUGGCUGCCUGCUGGUUGGUGCUACCCCAUUUCAAUGGUGCUGCUCGUGCAUAUAAACACAUUGUUAGACCCUGGUUCUUGAUGAAACCACAAAUAUUUUGCGACUGGUUUGUUAAGCGAAAAGAGGAUUUUGUUCCAAGUGGAUCAGAAGAUUUCCUAGUUGCAGCCGAGAGAUAUAUAAAAGAGAAUGGAUCUAAAGCAUUGUCAAAACUCAUAACCAGAAAGGCUAGCAAGUGCGAUAACAAAGGUUCAAGUCCAAGAACAGCUCAACAGCCACAUUUGCAAAAGAAAUGCCAAGAGGCUUGCAACAUGGAGCCUACUAUUGUUGAGAAAGUGACUGAAGCAGUGACAACCAUUGAUAACAAUGUGGCAGUGGCUUCAGAGGAGGUCAAGUGCAUGGAUCCCAGUUUUGCUUGGACAGAAAUGGUAGAACACACUGGAAAUCAAAUUCCUAUGUUAAAUGGCCCAAGGAUAGUGUCGACAGCAAAACAUUUUGGAAGUGAAACUCCCCAUUUCACUGGUCCACCAGAAACAGCAGAAUGUGUUGGAAGUCAAAUUCCUGUGUUAACUGGCUCAAAGAAAGCACAAAAGGAGUGGACUUGUGCACUCUGUCAGGUGAGCACUAAUAGUGAGUCAGAUCUACAAAGUCAUCUUCAUGGGGAAAAGCACAAGGCUAAGGAGGCAGAACUUGAAGCAAAUAAGAGAAUAACCAAAAACAAGGCUACCUCUAUUCCAAAACUGAAGAAUGACGGUCAGUCCAUGGUAGCACCAGACAGAGAUACUUUUAGUAAUGAACCAGAGCCUAAGGAUUUUGGUAGUCAAAUUCCUGUGUUAACUGGCUCAAAGAAAGUACAAGAGGUGUGGACUUGUACACUCAAUCAGGUGAGCGCUAGAAGCAAUACAGAUCUACAAAGUCAUCUUCAUGGAAAAAAUCACCAGGCCAAUGUGACAGAGCUUGAAGAAAAUAAGAGCAUAACUAAAAACAAGACUACCUGUAUUCCAAAACUGAAGAAUGCUGGUGAGUCCAUGGUAGCACCAAAGAUAGAUACAUUUAGUAAUGAGCCAGGGCCUCAGAAUGUUGGGAGUGAAAUUCCUCGGUUCACUGGUCCACCAGAAAUAGCAGAAUGUGUUGAAAGCUCAAAGAGAGCACAAGGCAAGUGGACUUGUACACUCUGUCGGGUGAAAGCUAGUAGUGAGAUAGAUCUACAAAGUCAUCUCCAUGGGCGAAAUCACAAGGCCAAGGUGUCACAACUUGAAGAAAAUAAAACCAUAACUAAAGACAAGACUGUCUAUCUUCCAAAACUGAAGAAUGCUGGUCAGUCCAUGGUAGCACCAAGUAGUGAAAUUCCUCGGUUCACUGGUCCACCAGAAAUAGCAGAAUGUGUUGAAAGCUCAAAGAAAGCACAAGGCAAGUGGACUUGUACACUCUGUUGGGUGAAAGCUAGUAGUGAGAUAGAUCUACAAAGUCAUCUCCGUGGGCGAAAUCACAAGGCCAWGGUGUCACAACUUGAAGAAAAUAAGAUMAUAACUAAAGACAAGRCUGUCUAUCUUCCAAAACUGAAGAAUGCUGGUCAGUCCAUGGUAGCACCAAGUAGUGAAAUUCCUCRGUUCACUGGUCCACCAGAAAUAGCAGAAUGUGUUGAAAGCUCAAAGAAAGCACAAGGAAAGUGGACUUGUACACUCUGUUGGGUGAAAGCUAGUAGUGAGAUAGAUCUACAAAGUCAUCUCCAUGGGCGAAAUCACAAGGCCAUGGUGUCACAACUUGAAGAAAAUAAGAUAAUAACUAAAGACAAGGCUGUCUAUCUUCCAAAACUGAAGAAUUCUGGUCAGUCCAUGGUAGCACCAAGUAGUGAUACUUUUAGUAAUGAACCAGGGCCUCAGAAUGUUGAUAAACAGGGUGAAAAGAUGGCGGAAGCCAAGGCUCAGAAGAAAAAUGAACCUUGGAUGAGAGAAUCUGCAUUAUGGUGCGAUACAUGCAAAAUACGGUGCCCUGGUGAGUCACAAAUGAUCUCCCAUCUUCUUGGCAAGAAACACAAGGCCAAGCUGAACGAACAGGCACAGUAAAAAUAGGUAGUGACCUCAUUGAAUCCACCACAGGAAGGUCAACAAUAACAGAUAUGUAUGUUGAAGUUAUGGAGGUUAGUUUUGAAAAAAUGAAUAUGAUGUACAAGGGUAAAUGAGGUGGAACAACUUGGGAGAGGAAUUAUCCUAGACAAAGUUGUGUAUCUGAAAGUGAAUAUUCUAUACUAGACAAAGUUAAGAGGUUAGACUUGGGUUUUUUUUUUUUUUAGAUUACUGGAAGUGAAUGUUCUAUACUCCUAUGGUGAUUUUUUCUGAUCC